GCGUUGACGCCCAGGCGACCUCUCUGACCUACUUCCGCAUACACCCCUCCUCCUUGUCCACACCUGUCGUGAAACCUCUGUAGCGAGCAUGGGCAAGCAAUCUAUUGCCUCCGGAUACAAAUACGUGGAUGCUUUUGGACCCGACGAAGAGUAUGAGUCCGAAGAGGAAGUCGUGUAUGUUACCCUUGACCUUGGCGCCGUCGAACCCGCCCUGGUCCCGAGCAGCUCCUCGUUUCGCCUCAUCGGUCUGGACACCCCGAGCCCGUUCCUCCAAUUAUCCGGAACUGUUUUCAAGGGUCAGCAUCAGAGCCUGCUCGGCACAGAGCUUCUGUUCACGGAUGCGAAAGACGACCAAGCGGAUCGCACAAGAAAACCGUUGGUCCACGUUGGCACGAGCGAGCAGCGCAUUCGGUUCAGGGAGGUCGAGGUGAAAGCCAAAACGAACAAACUGCCCGAGGUCGUGGAGCGAGUCCCUGUCAACCCGCAACCGAAGGGAAAGAAUAACAAGAAGGAUAGACUCCCGGAGACGGUGCAAGAAGUGGUAGGGACCGUCGACGCGGUCCAGCCCCGCAGGAGGCGCGGAAGACGACCGAAAGACCAGGGCAAAGGAAAGGAGAAAGCAGUCGAACAUGUUGAGGAAAGUGUGGAUGUGGACGAUCCCAUGGAAGGCCCCUCGGCGACGAUCACUCCGAGUCGGGCCUCAUCGCGAGAGAACGCCGCAGGCGAUGUCGCUGGUGGUAAUGCUCCGCAUGAGCUCCAGAUGACGGAUGCAUCUGCAUCUGUUCGACAAGACGAUAGCCCUCGUGUUCAAUGGUCUAGCGAUGCCCCCCAAGGAUCUACGUCUGUAUCUAUGGAAGUGGAUACAUCCUAUGUGACAUGACUGUGGCCGGUAUUCCAAUCUUCCACCUGAUCACGCUGCACAUCUCGG